AUGAAUGCCGCUGCGAGAGCUCUCCUUGGCGGACAGGCCAAGGUCCGCUCUAUUCUCGAGGAGAGACGCAGGAUCAAGGAUGGCAGAGUGGAGAAGAAGUCUACCUCUACAAGCAAGGACACCAAUUCUCUCAGUCCGAUGGUCAAGAAGAAGAAGUCCGUUAAUGGCUACAUGUUUUUUCGCUUGACCAUGCAGCACGUCUUCCAUGAAUACCCCCAAGCCGACCGAAGCCCAUUCAUUCGAGAAAUGUGGGAGAAGGAGCCCCACAAGCCGAUCUGGACCUUGAUCGCAAAGGUUUGGACUCACAUUCGAGACUACAGUGGAGGAUUCGAUUCUACCAUUCAGUUCGCCGUUGCCGCCAUUGAGGAGACUGGUUUGACCCAGCCUGACCUCUGGCUCAGCACCUACAACAUGGCCCUGGUCAGAGACAACACUGGAUCGGUCACCCUGCAGCAGAACCGCGCGCCAACUGCGAUUCCUGAGCCCCGACAGCUCACAGAUGUUGAGCUUCUGUUCGGUGUCAUCAAACGCGGCCUUCCAGUCAAGAAUCCCGUGGAUCUCUUGGACAAAUUGGUGAAGAGCCAGAGACACUACAUGACUGUCACUGACAGAAAUGUGCCUUUUGGAGAGGUCGACCUCAACUUCAACGAUGCGAUCAACAAUGUCCCCGUCCAAGUUGGCUCCUGGUUCAGUCAGGUAGAUAUGACUCACAACUUUUUCGAGAGAGGUGUUGGCAUUGUCGAAACCUCAGUCCUAGGCAGUCUGCGCAUUGAUGACAGUCUACUCAGCAUGACCGGAGAUCACACAGUUGGCGGAUUCGAGUUCGACACCACCACCGAUCACCUUCUUGACCCCCUCAUUGACACUCUUGAUACCAACGCGGUGGCGAACACCUCUCAGGUGCUCGACAUGGGACUCCCUGCUCAUUGGGAUGCAUUCAAUGAACAAGUCACUGAAGAGGAUCACAUGAUCGACAAUGAGCCAGAGGACCCAGAGGACUACCCACUCAACGUCGACUUCCUCGAUGCAAACAACUAUUGGAACCUCUAG